AUGUUAGUGUUGCUAUCAUUUCCAAGAGGUACCAAGAUUGAAGAACAGAUAAUAAUUGGAACCCCAGGGACUGUCCUAGACUGGUGUUUCAAAUUGAGGCUGCUGGAUGUAAAGAAGAUCUCUGUGUUUGUGCUGGAUGAAGCGGAUGUUAUGAUUGACACACAGGGCUUCUUAGACCAGAGUGUUCGCAUUCAGAGAACAUUACCACAGGAUUGUCAGAUGCUCCUCUUCUCAGCAACCUUUGAGGAUGCCGUGUUGCGGUUUGCUGAGCAGAUCAUCCCUGACCCCAACAUAAUUAAACUCUGCCGAGAGGAGAUGACCUUGACCAAUAUCAGGCAGUACUACUUUUUGUGUGAGAAUAAACAAGAUAAAUACAAGGCCCUGUGCAAUAUCUAUGGGAGCAUCACUGUUGGCCAAGCUAUCAUCUUCUGUCAGACUCGUAGAAAUGCCAAAUGGUUAUCGCUGGAACUGACUCAGGAUGGGCACAAAGUGUCUGUCUUGAGUGGGGAGCUGACAGUUGAGGAACGGGCAGCUGUAAUCCAAAGGUUUCGUGAUGGAAAAGAGAAGGUCCUUAUCACAACUAAUGUCUGUGCUAGAGGUAUUGAUGUGAAACAGGUCACAAUUGUUGUGAAUUUUAAACUCCCGGCAAACCAGUUGCGGUGUCCAGACUUUGAGACCUACCUACACCGCAUAGGGCGAACAGGUCGUUUUGGGAAAAAGGGCCUAGCCUUCAACAUGGUGGAAAGACACAACUUACCACUGCUACAAAGCAUUGAAGAGCACUUCAAGACCAAGAUUAAGCAGUUGGACCCAGAUGACAUGGAUGAGAUUGAGAAGAUUGAAUAUUAAAUAAACCAGAGGUAUUUGGAAUCAAAGGGAGAUUUUUCUUUAGCCUUAGACGUCAAUAUUUUUUCUGUUUAAAACAUUGAAAUAGUUUAAGUGAAACGUAUUGCCAUGUUUGGAAAUGGUGAUAGUCUGCCAGAGGAUAUUGUAUGUUUAUCAUAAAGAAUUUAGGAAAAGAAAAAGAAACUUAUUCUCAUGGCUUCAGAAUGUUUCCUAUUUUUCCCUUCUCAUGGACUCCUGUGUGUCUCAUUACCAAGAUAUUGGCAGGUUUACUAAAAAGCAAAGGAGGAUAUUCUCUCAUCUGACCAAGUUUCCCUUUCCCACAUCAUUCCCAGGGUACAUCUCCAUCCAAAGUAGUGACUUAGUGAAGCAAGUUGUUCAGAUGAAUUAAACUACCAACAUAAAACUGACAUCCAUAUGAUGACUGACACAAAUCAUGAAUAUUCCUAGCCAUUGGAUGGCAAGGGUUGCUUUCACACUCGUGGAUGAGGCAACACUGGCUUUCCUGCAGAGGAAUAAUAAAGAAACAACACUUCCCAUUUUAAUCAUCAGGCAUCACCUCUACUCUCCUAUGUUAUAUCAAGAAUUAAAAUAAUACAUGUGCUUGUUAACUUUCUUUCCACUAGAUGGCAGCAUUAUUUCAUAAACAUAUCCUGCCCUGUAGCUCUGAGCAUCACAGGCUUUGCAUUUAACUUGGCAAACUACAUUUUCUUUUAGUUCAGAAAUACUGUUUUGAGCCUGUAGUUAAAAUCUUUUUAGCUGAUCCAAGAUUACCUCAGGACAGAGAGAAGUCAAACUUUCCUGAGCCACAGAAAUCUCUCAACUCUGACCUACCUCUUAAAGACUCUGGACAGGAGAUCAAGUCAUCUUUAGAACUUUUUGAAUGUUUCACUUAAACAGUAUCUUUCAAAGAUAUUUGAACAAUACAGUAGGUUUUUAGAACUAUUCUCUCUAUUAAUUGUGUUACUGAAAUAUCUAUCCACUGCUUUACCUGUUCUGCUCCUUGUUAGAUAUACCGACAGUGGAAAAUAGGUGUAUUAAAUGGCUCAUUUGUUCCUCAAA